AUUUGCGUGACACUCUCACAGUCACAAGAUAAGAAGAUGACCACUGUAUCGGCCGCUUUGAAGCCUUCACUGGUUCCAUCUUCAAACCACAAAACUUUCUUCUUCAUUACUCAUAAGAUCUGCGUGAACCCACUAAAUUUCUCAUCUCGUCAUUCCCAAUCGUCUACAUGUCGUCCUCCGACCAUCAGGUGUAUCGGCGGUGACGGUAGUUCGGAGAAUGGAAACACUCGCAUUUUAAAUGACGCUUUAGCUAGUGUAAUGGAUGCCAAAGUAGAGGAACUUCUGGGGCGGGAAGAGAACCGAGUCUUGCUUCAAGAGUUGGAAAAAGCGACCCGGAGAGUUGAAAUUGCCAAGCAAGAGUUGGCUGAGAUUAAAAGGCUAGAAAUUGAGGCCACGGUGACCAGAGAUUAUGUUAAUCGGCUCGAAAAGUCAGCUUCCGAGAUUGCAGAGUGCCAGAGAGACAUUUCAGAAGCAAAAGCAAUGCUCGAAGAGGCUGAACAAUCUCUUAAUUCCGGAGAGGAUAUGAGAGGAGUAGUAAGCAAAGCAAUGACAAAAAAUGACGAGAGAAUGGAGUCAGUGAAAGCUGCAUUGAUUUCAGCAGUGGUGGGCACCAUUGCUGGGCUUCCUAUUUCCUUGGCCCGGAUCACCACCAUCCAUGAACUGAUACUACCUUCAGCGAUAACUUUUGUUAGUUGUGCAUUGUUUGGGGUCACCUUUCGUUACGCGGUGAGAAGAGACUUGGACAAUUUUCAGCUCAAAUCUGGAACAUCUGCGGCAUUUGGUUUUGUCAAGGGCCUUGCAACUUUAAGCGAUGGAUCAGCUUUAGAGUUGGACGAUCCAGUAAACUUGUUUUCUCAUGCUCUUUAUGUCACUGAGAAUGUGCUCGUUUUUCUUUUUGCUGCUAUUGGAUUGGAUUUGUGCUUUAAGUUGAGGAUUUUGAGUCCAUAUCCUGUUGACAAAUCAGCUCAAGAGUGAAGAUUAACCACUUAGAGAAAUCCCGCACAGGAAAGAAGGCCGCUUGCUUACAUGUCUCAAGAAUAUCAGAUCCAGUGCACCCCUCACAAAGCUGAGCAAUGUGGUUGACGUCAAUGUUAUCCUCCACUGUUUCAUCCCUCAGAAUUACUUGCAAAAUCUUUGCUCUAUCUGCCUCAUUAGGCUUUCCAACCUCAAAAGCUCUAGAGAAACGCCUCAGUACUGCUUCAUCAAGGUCCGAAGGGCGAUUGGUUGCUGCUAGAACCAUAACUCGAGCACACUCUUCAAAAAUAUAAGAAUCACAUUGUAAUUACAUCAAAGACCAAGGAAUAAGGAGGUGUUAGAUUUUAUAAUCACUGGGAGGAAAAUAAUAUAGAAAUCCAGCAUAAUAUAAAGUAUGGAUGACUAGGAUGAGCUAUGAUUCUUUAUGCAUCUUAUGUGCAUUGUUGCUUGAUAAUUGAUACUCACGAUCAGUUGUGAAACCAUCCCACAAACUCAAGAAUUCAGUCUUCAUGAUGGCAAUGCAGAAAGACCACACUAGUUUUCUACUAACAGAGAUCAUUUCUUGAAAGAUAGAACAACUCAGGGUUUUGGAUACAGACAAGGGAGAAGAGUGAAGAGAGGCUCACCAAGCUUUGGAGCAUCACCAAACCACUUGCUCAUCAGAUUUGAAACCUUUACAUUGAUAAACACAGCUUCAGAUUCUUUGGCAAUGGCUUUUGCAAGCAUUGUCUUCCCAGUCCCAGGUGGUCCGUAGAGUAGCACUCCUCUCGCGGGACGAAGCAGUUUUCCAUGAGCAAACAACUCUGGCCUCUUCAAAGGUAAAAUUGCCAGUUCAAACAAAGCUUCCUUAAUUCCAUCUAAUCCUCCAAUCGAAUCAAAUUUAACAUCAAUGCACUCCGGAUUCACCACAUCACAAGCAACCAUAUCCUGUAUAACAAAUAAAAAAAAAACUUUCCAAUCUAUCAGUUUGAACCUUUAAAUGUUCCAGAUGUAUCACAUUGAACUCCACUAAUUCCUUUAAUUCCUUUUCAACAUUUGACUUUG